UCGCAAGCGGGACUUGGCCGCCCAAGCUUUCUGAGCCGCCAGCUCCCAAAUCCGUGAUCCGAGGCUCACGUUUUUGAGUCCCUUGGGAAAGAGGUGAACAACGACGCACCUGGUUGCACGUUACCCACCAUUUACAGGCAACGAGGACGGAAGUAACGACUGAGCAGACGAUCACGCCUGUGAACAUUGGCAGUCAUGACAUCCACCUCCAAGGAAUAUCCGCCUCUUGCGGAGAUUCGCAAGUCGCCAGCCUUCCACACCGCGAUAUGGGAUCUCGUGCCGCACCAAAGCGGGCUUCUGCCCGUCGCCAAGGACCGUGGCGGCGUGCUGAAGGUUGCAUGGGAGGUUCACGGCGAGGGGCCCAUCAAAGUAUUGCUGCUGUGUGGCCUAGGCCUCACCAAGGCCUCGUACCAGCGGCAGACGCUGCACUUUGGCCACUCGCACGGCGGCAAGUACAGUGUCCUGCUCAUAGAGAACCGCGGCGUCGGCGGAUCCGACAAGCCCUGGAGGCGAUGGUACUCGACGAGCGAGAUGGCCCGUGACGCCGUCGAGGUGCUCAACCAUCUGGGCUGGGGCACCAGUGGUGGCAGUGACUCUUCCAAGCGCGAGGUGCAUGUCAUGGGCAUCAGCAUGGGCGGCAUGAUUGCACAGGAGCUCGCGCUGCUCAUACCGGAUCGAAUCGCCAGCCUCGGGCUCGUCAGCACAUCUUCGGCCUUCGCCGUUGACAGCAGCACGACCACCAUCGCAGCCACCGCCGCGGCCGAGGACCAGCAGGCCACGCUAGCCACUGCGAAGUCUCCGGACGACGACGCCAGCACGACCAACGCCAAGGACGAGAAACCCAAGGUAUCUUUGUACGAAGCCCUGACGGAGCGCUUCGCCUUCAUGAUACCCAAGUCUACCGAGCAGAGCAUCCAGUACUUCGCGACGCGCAUCUACUCGCCCGAAUGGGUCCACGCCCCCGACGACGCGGCCCUGCCGGACCACGCCACACCAAGAUGCAAUAUGCCCCCUUCGCAUGUCAACGGGGGCCAAUACGGCCGUUUCCAGACCAACUACGAGCGAUGCGCCGCACAGGACGUCCUGCGCCGCGAGAUGCCGCCAUACAGCGAGCAAUUCAGCCGCUUCGGGUUCUGGGCGCAGAUGUUUGGCGCGGGCACGCACCGCAAGACAAAAGAGCAGCUGCAGGAGUUGGCGGACAAGGUUGGGCGAGAGAGAAUCUGGAUUGUGCACGGGGACCGAGAUGCCAUGAUCGACGUGAGCCACGGGAGGAGGCUUGUUGAUGCGAUCCAGCCAGCCUACUGGUCCAUCGAGAAGGGGCUGGGCCAUGGGCCGAUCGUGGAGAGGACGGCGUGGUUUAAUGGACUGUUGGCGGAGAGGUGUCAGGUUGGUGAGGCGUUGAGUGGUCGGUGAUCCCCAUCAGAAGGGCUGUGUACCACACCAGGAAGCCACCACCAUGAGAUGGGACUAUGCGGCGUUGAAGGAGCGUGGCUUAAGCAGGAAACCACCGUAUCUGCAUUGUAUAAUCCAGAUGUCCUAGUUUGAAACAAGUCCAAAAUCGGUGCGACUUUCCGAGGAUUCGGGGCUGCUUCGUCGUCACAAGGCUGCCCUGCAGCAAUACGCCACGAUGAUGGCGGAGUGUU